CGCAGCAGGAAGUGUAACAACAGUAAAGGUUCCGUGUUUACAUCGAGCAGUUCGCGGUAGAGCUGUGUAGUUCGCCGUGAAUAAAGCAAAUGGAAAUAAGUGAACGCUGAAGACGGUACGUCCUCUUCUAGAUUCACGUAGCGUCACUAGUUAGCUAGCGUUAGCUUAGUUCUGUGACGAACUGUCAUGUCCGUCUGUGCAGGUGCUGGAGAUGCCCGUCCUGAACUUGUCCUUCGCUGCGUGUGGUUUCUUGGGGAUCUACCACCUGGGCGCUGUGGGGGCCUUCCUCCGCCACGGGGACAAGCUGCUGGGCUCCCUCGGGGCCUGUGCGGGGGCCUCGGCCGGGGCCCUGGUGGCUGCAGUGCUCAUCACGGCUCCUGAGAAGCUGGAGGACUGUAAAGAGUUCACGUACGGGUUCGCCGACGGCGUGAGACAACAGCGCUUUGGAGCCGUCACACCGGGAUACAACUUCAUGCUCACGCUGCGGGAGGGGAUAGAAGAGAUCCUGCCCAGCGAGGCUCACCGUCUGGCCACCGACCGCCUCCACGUCUCACUAACGCACUCCAGAAGUGGCAAGAACCACAUCAUGUCCAAGUUCACCUCCAGGGAGGAGCUCGUGAAGGCUCUGCUGGCCAGCAGCUUCGUGCCCGUCUAUGCUGGACUCAAAGCGGUGGAGCUAAGAGAACAGAGAUGGAUCGAUGGAGGGUUCACUGACAGUCUGCCUAUUCUGCCCACGGGACGCACCGUCACUCUGUCUCCGUUCGCUGGGCUGCAGGACGUGUGUCCCGUCCACAGGGGGCGCUUCAACACGCAACUCAGGCUGGCCAACAUGAACGUGAUGUUCUCCGUGGAGAACAUCAAACGUCUGAACCAGGCUCUGUUCCCUCCGUCCCACCGCAGCAUGCGGUCCUUAUGUGAGGAAGGGUUCAACGAUGCUGUGAGGUUCCUGAAGAGAGAGGACUGGAUGAGCUGAAGACCAUUUACUACUUACUGUAUUUAUAUCCUGUGAUUCCACUUUUUCAAAUAAAAUAAUAAUUAAAAAGGAUCGAGUGACUGUUUCCUGUGUCGGUUUGUGAGAUAAAGCAUCAAGACCUCGGUAUAUAUGUAUGAAGCAGAUGAUGAAAGAGUGUGUGUGUCAUUGUCAGAUAAGUGUUAUCACACACAAAUUCUGGGCCUUUUCUUCAGCAGCUGAACGUGAUGAAAUGCCCUCAUGUGAACAUCAAUUUCACACGGAGGCAUUUCAUUUCCCCUAGCUUAAAGCAGUGAGGGGGGGAAAAAAAAAUAUUAGAUAUCGCAGCACUUCACAGGAAGUCGGUCAUGGAUGUUGGGAGUUCCCUCGGGAUGCGAGGAUGGAGCGUCUCCUUUGAAGCGUCGGACGUUUCCGCCGGGUGUCUCUCCGUGAGCAGGUUCUCCGUCAGCUGUCAGCCAGUGGAGCUGCUCCUCCCUCGGGACUGUCUCAUUGUCUAAAGAGACUGCUGCUCCACUCAGGACAUUUCACAAGGAAGGAGGCAAAUUGAUUAUGUUUUACGG